GCCCCCCCCCCUUCCCCCGCCCCCCGCCCCUAAACUCCUCUCUAGCCAUUCCUGUCAGCCUCUCUGUAUCCGACACAGCUCCAUCGAUGCCUUCGAUAGUUGUAUCCGAUCCAGUCCAAUCCUCCGAGAACUCCAAAAGCAAAACCAAAGAGAAGAAGAUGAAGGCGAGGGUCCAGCUCGAGGCCGAAGGUUUCGAGUCCCCGGCGUCGGACAAGAAGCACAAGAAGGAGAAGAAGAGCAGCAAGAGCUCCGAAUCCAAGCUCCUGGAGCAUCAGGAGGCCGCGAAGAAGGAGAAGAAGAGGAAGGCGCUGGAGCCGCGCGAGGACGACGACGAAGACAAGAGCGAGACCAGCUCCGAGCUGGUUGACCCUGAAAAUUUGAAAGGGAAGAAGAAGAAGAAGGCGAGGUUGAGCGAUGGCGAAGAUGAGGUGGUUCAGCAGGAGAACCCCAACGCUGUGUCGAAUUUUAGGAUUUCGGACAGCUUGAGAUUGAAGCUGAAGGACAAUGGGAUCGAGUCGUUGUUUCCCAUCCAGGCCAUGACGUUCAACAUCGUCUUCGAUGGGUCUGAUUUGGUUGGCCGCGCCCGCACUGGUCAGGGCAAAACUCUAGCUUUUGUCUUGCCCAUUUUGGAAUCUCUGACGAAUGGGCCUUCAAAAACCUCAAGGAAGACAGGAUAUGGUAGGCCACCAAGUGUUUUGGUGCUUUUACCUACUAGGGAAUUGGCCAAACAGGUCUUUUCUGAUUUUGAAGUUUAUGGUGGAGCGGUGGGCUUAACAUCAUGUUGUUUGUAUGGUGGAGCUCCUUAUCACGCUCAGGAGAGCAAUUUGAGGAGAGGGGUCGAUAUAGUGAUUGGAACACCUGGCCGUGUGAAAGACCACAUUGAGAGGGAAAAUAUUGACUUCAGCUCUUUAAUCUUCCGUGUCCUUGAUGAGGCUGAUGAAAUGCUAAGGAUGGGUUUUGUUGAAGAUGUGGAGCUAAUUCUUGGCAAGGUGAAGGAUAUAAGUAAAGUUCAGACGCUGCUCUUUAGUGCUACCUUACCAGACUGGGUGAAGGGUAUUUCUUCCAGGUUCCUUAAACAAAACAAGAGAACUGUAGAUCUAGUAGGUAAUGAGAAAAUGAAGGCAAGCACCAAUGUUAGGCAUAUUGUUAUCCCUUGUACAAGCUCGGCUAGACCUCAGGUUAUCCCAGACAUAAUACGCUGUUACGGCAGUGGAGGCCGUACCAUAAUUUUUACUGAGACAAAGGAAUGUGCUUCUCAACUUUCGGGAUUGUUGCCCGGAGCGCGGCCCUUGCAUGGGGACAUACAGCAAGCCCAACGAGAGGUUACACUUGCUGGUUUCAGGUCUGGCAAGUUUAUGACGUUAGUGGCCACGAAUGUGGCCGCACGAGGAUUGGACAUCAAUGAUGUCCAGUUAAUUAUCCAGUGUGAGCCUCCGCGUGAUGUUGAAGCCUAUAUUCACAGAUCUGGACGCACGGGGAGAGCUGGCAAUACUGGAGUAGCUGUCAUGCUGUACGAUCCAAGAAGGGCAAACGUAUCUAGGAUUGAAAAAGAGUCUGGCGUAAAAUUUGAACACAUUGCUGCUCCGCAGCCAAGUGAUGUUGCUCAAGCUGCUGGCGUCGAAGCUGCUGAAUCAAUAACACAAAUUUCUGAUAGUGUUAUUCCGGCAUUCAAGUCUGCUGCCGAGCAACUACUGAACACGUCUGGCAUGUCAGCAGUAGAAUUACUUGCAAAGGCUCUUGCUAAGGCUUCCGGUUAUAGUGAAAUAAAGAGCAGAUCACUGCUCUCGUCACUUGAGAACCAUGUAACCUUACUUCUCGAGACUGGAAGGCCCAUUUAUACACCUUCGUAUGCUUUUGGUGUCCUGAGGAGAUUCUUGCCUGAAGAUAAAGUAGAGUCCGUGAAGGGUCUUACUCUCACAGCUGAUGGAAAUGGCGUUGUAUUUGAUGUGGCAGCUGAAGAUCUGGAUACUUUCCUUGCUGGUCAGGAGAAUGCAGCAAAUGUAAGCUUAGAGGUGGUAACAACAUUGCCGCGUCUCCAGGAGAGAGACCAGUCGAGAGGGGGAAGAUUUGGCGGUGGGGGUGGUCGUGGCGGCUUUGGUGGUAGGGGCGGUGGUUUUUCAGGGGGUAGAGGUGGUAGUUUCUCUGGCCAAAGGAAUGGCCGGUUUUCCGGUGGCUUCGGUGGCGGGAGAGGUCGCAGCAACAAUAGAAGGUGAUAAGUAAUCUGUAGCCAGUUCCUUGGAGUCGGAGCUUCCAGAAAGAAGGCAUCAACUUAUGUCGAUGCAGAAAUUUUGGCCGAUUUUAUGAUUUUAGGAACGUAGCCUCAAUUGUUUGUAAUGAACAUACUGUAGGAUAAGUAUCUGGUACCGUGGUCCUAUAUUAUCCUAAUAUAUUUGGUAUAUUUUCUCAGUCAACUUCGCUUUCUUUUUCAUAAUUUUUUGUGGAGCUGUUUAGUGUUGUCUCCACCUCCCUAUUUUUAGCUUUUGUUGCAAACGUGAGUUGUACGCUGGAGUAUAUAUUCUUAAUCAGUUCAAUAUAAGAGUUGUUUUCUACUUUUGUGCUUUUCAA